AUGGAUGAGUCGAUUCAACUGCUAGUAGAGGCGUGCCGGGAGAAAUUGAUCCACGACCCCUUCAAUUCCUUUUUCUUCGAGGAGUUGCUCGAAGAGUGUGCCGAAAAAGCCUCUCGUCCGUCGGAAGUGUGGCUGGUAUUAUUUGAGUACCAAAUACUCGGCAUCGAAGAUAUUCAGUUCUGGGAGCAGGCAAUUGAGCGUGAGGGUUGUAAUGAUUGGUUGGAAAUCCACACCCAAAAACUCAUUAUGUUUUCGAAAAUAGGCGGGCAGGUACCCACUGGCCACAAUAUUCAGAAGAAAUUAAAAUAUCAGGAGAGUACAGCCUCUGCAGUGUUGGCUGCCUACGGAUUGUGUAAAUGGGACUUUCAAGAUAGUCAAGGAAUAUUUAUGAAGUUGAUAGAGCUACUUAUUUCCGAAAAUCGUAUAGAGACAGCUAGAGACAUCUAUUUGGAGCGAUUUCAGAUUCCACAUAACCAACUCCAACAGACUUACGAGACGUUUUCUCUGUUUGUGUCACAGAAUUUUUCUGAACAAUACAAUUCUAUAAUGCGGGACCUGAGCGUUGCAAUGCAGAAGACAGUAUUGUUCACACGAACCUUUGAGAGCUACGAACUGCAAAUCCAGUCUGAUCCACAUAACGUAGACAACUGGCUUGAAUACUUACAGAAGUUGAGCAACUUAAAUGAUAACGUUAAAGAUUUGUUGCUUGCAGUCUUCUACCGAUGCGUGCAUUACAGCACAAGUGACGGAUCGUGGGAGAGGGUGUGGCUAUUGGUGAUUCUGCUGGCAAGAAAGCUCCAAUGGUGCAACCAACUCCUGUUUCAUUUGGCGCUUUUAUGGCGAAAGGCGUUUCCCCGCUUGAUUAGACCAUACAGUUUUAUUAUUCCUUACAUUAAGGAGGAGUCUGCUUUAAAGAGUCUUCGCCGGCAUCUCCGGCUUCAUAUCACUGAUUCAUUCGAAUGCAUUGAGGCGCUCAAAGCACUUGUGACUGCCCAAGCGGUUUAUUCCGUCAAAUCAGACGCAACUGGGAUGGAAUUGUGGGAGGAUAUGGCGUUUUACUCCGAAAAAAUACCAUCCAGCUUAGACUUGGUACGUCGAUGGGUAGCCAUAUCUUAUGACAUGAUAUGUCUGAAACCAGACGUUCUUGUCACCUUACACUACGAGGCAAACAAAUACAAGGCAGACUCAUUUAUAUUUGCUUUGAGAUAUUUCUCGAGUGCCCAUGACGGUCAAGUGGUUUUAGAAUACCUCAUAGAACAGUUCGAAAAAAAGCUUGGCUCGUUUGACAAGCCGCAAGAUGUGUUCCCAUAUGUUGAAAAUUACCUCUGCACUGGAUUGACUCCUGAGACCUAUGAUGAUGCCAUUAACAGACUCCAGCUUUUACGCAUGAAACUUUCAGACUUCCAAAUGUCCGAGAAUAGAGAAAUGAAAAGAAAUUUUGAAACUGAAAAUUUGGUACAUAAACCAAAACGAGUCAAAGAUGACAAAAGCUCUGAUCAAACUGAUCAUGACAGCUCUGAUUCUACCCAUAGAAAUCGAGAACUAUUUACGAUUCAUUUAAAAGGAUUCGAUACCUCCGUCACAGACAAUGAUAUUGAAGAAUUCUUCCUGGGUUAUGGCAAUCCUAUUUCAAUUCUUAGAAAUUCGUCAGAGAAUCCCUCAGCCAAAGUUGAAUUUCUGAGUGAGCAAGAGGUACUCACCUGUCUAACAAGAGAUCAAAAACAUUUGAAAGGCAAUAUUGUAACUAUAGAGAGAGUCUUUGGAAGCACUCUCUGGCUCACAAAUUACCCUUCUGACUAUGGUGUAGAGCAGCUAAAGGCAAUGAUUGAAACAAGCACCGAUACAGCCCCUUUGUCAAUUCGUUUGCCAUCUCAGAAUACCAUCAGGGAACGUCGUUUCUGCUACGUGGACUUUGAAACUGCUGAAAGUGCAGCAAAUGCAAGAAAAAAGUUGGAUGGGCUAGAAAUUGGAAACUUUAGAAUUCAGGCUGAAAUCUCAAACCCGUCGCUCAAACGACAGAGGCCCAGCCUCUCUCCUAAACACCAGAUUUAUGUCAAAAACCUUCAUUUUCAAAAGAGCUCCGAAGAAUCUUUACGUGCAUGCUUCUCAGAGUUUGGCGAGAUCGAUUCAAUUUCAAUGCCGUUAAAAGGUGAUCACAAAAGUUCACUCAAUAGUGGAUAUGCAUUUAUCACGUUUAAAUCGGAAGACAGUGCUAAAAAGGCUAUAGCAACUAAGUCUAUCAAUCUCGAUGAUCGCCAAGUCGAAAUUUAUGCUCUGAAACCCCGAGAAGCUCAUGCUCGAGAUGCUAAAUUUUAUGAUGAUGCAAGAUCCGUUUCUCUUCAAAACGUUGGUGACUCAGUAACGCAAAAGCAACUCACUGCCCAUAUUGAAAGCUUGGUGGGUCCUGUUGAGAGGCUAACUAUGCAACCAAAGUCUAGAAAAGCAUUAGUAGAAUUUAAAACAGUUGCUGAUGCUGGUAAAGCGGGUUUUGUAUUGGCGAACCACGACUUUGGAGGUCAGAAACUAGUUGUUGCCGACAAGAAGAAGUAUUUCGAAGAAGAAAAGACUACAAAAGUUCCAAUGAUGAUGUCUCCUAUGAUGAUGAAAAGAAGAGCAAAGAGAUAG